AUGACAGACUCAACAUCCACGGUGCUUGGGCCAUUGAACCAAGCACGUGAUUUGGCAUUUUCUGACAAGGGAGCAUUUCCCGAAAUCGUGAGGCACAUUCUCAACGUAGCGUUGAAUCCUGACUUGACUAUCCAAUCUUGGUGUAGCAACUUCUUAAGAGAAGCCUUCACCACUAGUGAGGAACAUGUUACUGCAGCCGUGAAAAUCGAUUUGGCCAUAGACGCUUUGCCUGUGUUACGCACUUUGGCUGCGGUACGAGACUUGCAAGUGUUCAAGGCAGUGAUAGAUGUGAGUAUUAUUGUGUUCAAAUUGACAUUUCGGUAUGUAGCGGAAAACGACGGUAGUAAGAACGUCUGGGAUGGCAUUAAUGAAUUAAAAAAUGAUUUAGUGGCCAAGUAUGAUACGCAAUUCCCCUUUGAACUGACUUUUGACCGCGAGCAUGACGCUUUCCGUAACAUUGACGCGAAGUUGGAGUUGUUGAAGUUCGUAAUCACAGUCAUUGAUUACCAACUGCGGUCGCUGACAAGCAAAUUCUACUCGAUCUCGCGGGUCAACCCCAAUCACACGCUCAUCAAGUCUGCAUUGAUGGAGAGUGAGGCCAAUGCAUUAUUGGAUGUAGUGUUGAAAACACUUCAAAAUGACAUUUUGGUCACUCCCAUAGUAACUGCCACAUUCAAUCAUCUUCUGGUUCUCUUGAGGCGUAAAAGGCAAUUGGCCGAUCGGAUUCUUCCCAUUUUGGAGCAGUUUGACUCCACGACCAAGGUUCAAUCUAACUACGAAACACUCGAAACUUUUAAAUUGUCCAGAAAAUACGCCGACAGAACGUUGCGUGUUUUGCUUACAUACAUCACAAAGUGUCAAUUAGUACCUCCCAAAUUCCAGGGGGCCAUCAGCCGCAAGCUUUCCUUGCUCACUAGCCGAGGAGAUGAGAUUCGGAAGAAGAACAUUUUGUUGCCAGCAUCCGACGAUUCAACCAUCAAGAAACGCAAAUUCGAAGGGUUCCAAAAUGCUUCCAAGAAGAUCAAGACACUCGACUACAAAAAUUUGUACAGCUUGACUGAUAUUAACAGCGAAUUGAAUAGCUUUGACUUAUCUACUCUCCCUCAGAACAUCUUGAUUUCGAUGGCCCUUACGGCAUUAAGCCGUGCAGACGUCAGGAAAUUGUCGAAGGCGUUGGAGAUUGUUAGUGCUCGAUACGUUGAUGCCGUGAAGGAUAUUUCACCGAUCAAUGUCAAGAACGAGGCUGACGGAGAAGAUGAGGAUGACGCUAAUGGAGACAACUACGAUGCAGAAACAACAUACUCGCUCCCUCCACCCAAAGCACUUUCGUUCCAGGAUAAAAAAGAACACGUUAAUCUCAUCGUGAAGAAUUUCUUUGAGUUGGCCAACAAGGGAUUCAAGGGAGAAGAAGAAGUUCCUCCACCUGUGGACGGAACAGUGACUACAGAAUUGACCCGUGUUGCCAUGCGUACAUGGAAACAGGACUCGUGGUUACUUUUGCUUACCAGGUUGGCGACGAGGGGAAUGCAAGUUGUUGAUUCCUUGCCAAACGAAGGUUCUGAGCUGGGUGAGAAGGCUAAUAUUUCGCCCGAUGCCGCUAGCGAGCAGCAGCUAAGUGAUGUGAUCCGCAAGGCACUCUUUGAUUACUUUUUGGAAAACAUCAAAGAGCGUGUGGACCUUGUCAUUGAGUGGCUCAAUGAAGAAUGGUACAGUGAGAAGGUUGUCAAUGAACAGAGGUUACGUGAACAAGUGGAAGAAAAAUGGUAUGCAAAAUACGAAAAGGAUGUAUCGGGCAUUGAAAAUGUUGAAGAUGAAAUUGCCAAAGAAAUGGAGGCAGCCGAAAUUCCAACUCCCCGUUAUUUUGAAUGGGCACAGAAAGUAUUGGAGGCCUUGAUUCCAUUUUUGGAACCCACCGACCGUAAAAUCUUUCUUCGUCUUUUGAGUGACUUGCCCACACUCAACAGUGCCAUGGUCGGGGGCAUCAAGUCACUCUGUGCUGACCCAGCCCGUUCCAAACUUGGCUUCUUGUCGUUGCAAUUCUUGAUCAUGUACAGACCGCCUGCCAAGGAAGCUUGCAUUGCUGUUUUACGGGAGUUGAGUGACGGCGACCAGGCCGAUCUUAAAGUAGAAGCGGAGAAGCUACUUAACAAGUACGAAGUUCCCAGUUCGAAAACUUAG